AUGAUUACGAAUGCAAGCAGUCCAGUAAUAAAGGUCUUCGAAACAUUACGGCCUCGUUCGCAAUGUGUUACGGAAAGCACUGGAGGCCGUGUUAAUUUAGUGGUUCGUGAAGACAAUGGACCCAACAGGCGAGCGCAGAUGGUAUUGGUGUCGGCCUCUGACUGCACUUUCUUCUGGCGUUUCGAUGGGAAGCGUGGUGCGCUCAAGAAGUGUCCUUUCUACGAGUCUUCUACCAAGGACACAGACGCAAUCGGCUACGUUGAGGUCUGGCCAUGUGAAGGACUUUUUCGAUAUUCAUCAAGCAAUGGCGAACAACUGUUGGAAUUGGAAUCGCACGUUCAAGGAGCCAAGCUGUACCUCUACACGCCAAAAGAUAUGAAUCUUACGGCAAAGGCGUUUCUUCAAGCCAUUGAUACACAACUAGAAGCAAAAUCCAAGCUCAAAGUUUAUGUGCCUCGGCCACCGGUGAUGUGC